AUGGAGGCCAUUAUGUCAGAGUUCUUCAAUGACACCACGACUGCGUUUUACAUCAUCCUCAUUGUGUGGCUGGCUGACCAGUAUGAUGCCAUCUGCUGCCACACCAAUACGAGUAAGAGACACUGGCUCAGGUUUUUCUAUCUGUAUCACUUUGCCUUUUACGCUUACCACUACCGAUUCAAUGGGCAGUACAGCAGCCUGGCUCUGGUCACCUCGUGGCUCUUCAUCCAGCAUUCGAUGAUCUACUUCUUCCACCACUACGAGCUGCCAGCUAUCCUGCAGCAGAUCCGGAUCCAGGAGAUGCUGCUGCAGAACCAGCAGGUGGGCCAGGGCACGCAGACCACGCUCCAAGACAACCUCAACAACAACACUACGGCCGCGCCGGUACCUAGCUCUAGCCUCUUGGAGCCAAACGUGGUGCAUGAAGCCGUGGCCAACGGGCACCCUCAGGAUGCUGCCGCUGCCUCCGGUUUGGUAGCCCGGAUCAGGGUGAGCAGCGACCACCCGGAGACUGCUAUGGGCUCCAUCACUAUUGAAGUCACUUCAACAUCUGUGGUUGCUGCAGCAGAUGUUCCCCCUGCCACAGAGGAGGCACCAGCUACACCCCUUGCCCCAGUGCAGCAGGAUGGGGCCUCUGUGCCCAGCCCUUCCCCUCCGGAGCAGACUGAGGCUGGAGAAGGGCCAAACAGCCAAGCAAAGCCCAGCAGCAAGAACUGCGUUGCAAGCAGCAGCGUGGCAGCGACCACCCCAGCCCCUGUGCCCAGCACAGCUCCGGACCAUCACCCGGGCCGUGCUCCGGGGGACCGGAGCGAGAGCACCCACUGCCCUGCCCCAACGGAGAGCGCGGCGGGCUCCAGCCCGGACUCCAGGAGCCUGUCUUGA